AUGCGUCUCACUACUGCUAUUGUUGUGCUCUUCGCCGGUGCCAUCGCUAGAGCUCAACUAUCAAAUAUCCCACAAUGCUCUCUUACCUGUUUUACUACGACCCUUGCCGGAGACGGCUGCUCUGAACUUACGGAUUUCGCGUGCCAUUGCCAAAAGCCUGGUCUCGCAGCGGAGAUUGUGCCCUGCAUCAAUAAAGCUUGUGAUGUCACGGACCGAAAAGCUGUAUCCAGUCUCGUUGAAUCCUUGUGUUCCGGUGUUGGGCAUCCGAUCUCUAUCCCCGCGGUGGACACAUCAGCUCCCACAACGACUGCCGCAGGAAGUAUCCCAACCCCAGCGACGAGCUCCAAUUCUACCACAGUCAGUGGUAUCGGGUCAAGUUCCAAUUCUACCACGGUCGGUGGUUUCAAGUCAAUCUCCAGCGCAAGCUCAAGCUCCCAAACUUCGACCACGAUCAACGCGGUCCCGGCUCAGAGCACCUCACAGUUCAACGGUGCCUCUAGUAUGGGACCCGGAGCUGUUCAGAUGGUUGGUAGUGCUAUGAUGUUAGCCAUCAUGACCUUGUUUGUUUGA